UCACCCCCUCCCCCCUUAAUCACACAUUCGCACAGUAACUCCAUCUGUGGAUCACCAGUCAUAUCAUCGUCAACAAAAAGCAAUAAAGGACCUUACCGGAAAAAGGGAAGAAAGAAACGAGGCAAGCAAUGCUAUCUUCUGACAAUCCCUCAUUCCGUUUGAGAGCGCAGCAGGAUGAAUUUAAUCUUCUCAAGAUUCUUGGCAUAUUUUUACUUCGUAUUGCAAGGCAUUCUCCAUUUCUUUAUCGACCCUUGUCACCUCCACCCCCAGCCGUGCCAUAUCCUGGCGCAAAUAGGACACACCGUGCGCCUCGGUGCCCUUCUGCCCACCCGCCAACCGGCCAGGGUACAGGCUGCCCUCAACCGCGCCCUCGCCGGUAUCGCCCAAACAGGGGACAACUUUCUACCCUACAACUUGAGUUUAGAAGUGGUACCACGAGAACCGGCCAACGGGGACCCGGAGUCCCUUUUCAGGUGUGUUUGUCAGGCUAUCGUUGUUCAGGGGGUCUCCGCUGUCCUCACCUUCCCCCAGACCCAGGAAGAGAUCGUACAAGUGGAAUUUAUGUCGUCUUUUUUGGAAAUUCCUUUUAUAAGCAUCAUAGAACACGGAGAGCCGCUGCAAACUCAGAACCGCUUCCACCUCCAGAUGACCACCGGCAUCCCCCCGUCGGGCCUGUCUGACCUCCUGCUCUCCGUCCUGCGGCGGAGCGGCUGGAAGGAGGGCUCGGCCGUGCUGUGCCAGGGCUGGGAGGAGGCGGGCCUGCUGGAGCGGCUGGAGCGCCACAGCCAGAGCUGGGGGGCCGGCGGCUGGCACCUCCGCGCCCUCCUCAACCUCACCCGCUUCGCCCAGGACGACACCCAGAUCCAGGACUUCCUCGCCGAGCACUUCCGCCACGGCCCGUCGGCCCCUCCGUCCUCGGCGCUGCUGUUCGGCGCCGACCCGGAGUGCGCCGCCCUGGUCCUCCGCAGCGCCCAGGAUCUGGGGCUGACGCUGCCUGCCGUGCACUGGAUCCUGGGGCACCCGCUGAGCCCGGACGCCCUCCAAUCCAUCGGGCUGCCCCUGGGGCUUCUGGCGUACGGCGAGGUGGAGCGCAAGCCCUUGGACUUUUACAUCCGCGACGCGCUGCAGCUGGUGGCGCGGGCCGUCUCCGCGGCAACCGUGGUGAGGCCGGACCUGGCGUUGAUCCAGAACAUGGUGAACUGUUACGACAAGCCCAACAAGCACGAAGUGCCGUCGUCAGGGCAGUACCUUGCCAGGUUCCUGUCCAACACGUCCUUCUCAGGGCUCACGGGACCAGUGAGGGUGCAGCAGAACCAGUCCCGCGUCCUCACCUCCCAGCGCUUCCACAUCUGGAGCCUCCGGCGGGACGCCCUGGGCCAGCCCACCUGGGUGACGGUGGGCAGCUGGGAGGGGGGCCGUCUGGAGGUGGAGGACCAGGGCGUGUGGCAGGGCCCCGCCAACCGCCCUCGGGCUGAGGGGCAGGGCGGCCGGGGCGGAGGGAGGUGGCGGCCCGGCAUGCCCGUGGCCGGCAGCCGCGUGGCCGUGGUCACGCUGGUGGAGCACCCUUUCGUGUUCACGCGUGAGGUGGAUAUGGACGGGAACUGCCCCGCCGGCCAGUUCUGCCUGGACGCGGGCACCAACGACACGGCCGUGUUGGAACGCUACUUCCGGGAGGUGGCGGCGGGUAACGGCAGCGCCCUGCCGGCGGAUUACGGCAAGUGUUGCUACGGAUAUUGCGUGGACCUGCUGGAGAAGCUGGCGGAGGACUUGAAGUUUGAGUUUGAUCUUUACAUCGUCGGCGACGGGAAGUACGGCGCGCUUAAGGGGGGCCAGUGGACGGGCCUGGUCGGGGAUCUCCUCAACGGGGUGGCAGACAUGGCCGUCACCUCGUUCAGCAUCAACUCGGUGAGGAGCAGGGUGGUGGAUUUCACCUCGCCCUUCUUCUCGACCAGUCUGGGCAUCCUGGUCCGGAGCAAGGACACGGCGGCGCCCAUCGGUGCCUUCAUGUGGCCCCUCCACUGGUCCAUGUGGGUGGGCAUCUUUGUGGCGCUCCACAUCACCGCCCUCUUCCUCACCCUCUACGAAUGGAAGAGCCCCUUUGGCAUGACGCCGCACGGGCGCAACCGCGCCAAGGUGUUCUCCUACUCGUCGGCGCUGAACCUGUGCUACGCCAUCUUGUUUGGGCGCACCGUGUCCUCCAAGACGCCCAAGUGCUGGACGGGGAGGUUCCUGAUGAACCUGUGGGCCAUCUUCUGCCUGCUGGUGCUCUCCAGCUACACGGCCAACCUCGCCGCCGUCAUGGUCGGAGAGAAGACCUUCGAGGAGGUCACUGGGGUCCACGAUGCUAAGCUCCACCACCCGUCCUACGGGUUCCGCUUCGGCACGGUGAGAGAGAGCAGCGCCGAGGAGUACAUGAAGAAGAGCUUCCCGGAGAUGCACGAGUACAUGAGGCGCUUCAACGAGCCCACCACGCCAGACGGAGUCUCCAACCUCAAGACAGAUCCCCCUACCCUGGAUGCCUUCAUCAUGGACAAGGCUCUGCUGGACUACGAGGUGUCCAUCGACGCCGAGUGCAAGCUGGCUACCGUCGGCAAGCCGUUCGCCAUCGAAGGCUAUGGCAUCGGCUUGCCCCAGAACUCCCCUCUCACCUCCAACGUGUCGGAGUUCAUCAGUCGCUACAAAUCCGACGGCUACAUGGACAUGCUGCACGACAAAUGGUACAAGGUGGUUCCCUGCGGAAAGCGAGUCUUCGCCGUGACCGAGACUCUGCAGAUGGGGAUCCGCCACUUCUCAGGGUUGUUUGUGCUGCUGUGUGUGGGCGUGGCCGGGGCUCUCCUCACGCUGGCGGCUGAGCACGCCUUCUACCGCCUGGUCCUGCCCAGGAUCCGACGCCGGCAGAAGUUCAAGUACUGGCUCCACACCAGCCAGAAAAUCCACCGGGCUCUGAACAUGACCUACGACGAUGUGAAAAAGCAGCAAGCCAACCCUGAGAAAAGCUGCAACAUCCAGAAGACCCAGCCCCCCCAGCCCCCCCAGCCCCCGCCGGGCCCCCCUCCCCCCGGCUCCUCCGCCAAGUGGAACAACGAGGGCAGCCAGGACGCCGCGGACGCCGCCGCCGCCCGGGACAACAAGCGCGUCCACUUCAACCUGGAGACCCUCAACAGUCGCCGCCUGCUCGCCAAGGCUGGGGGCUCCGAGUCCGAAGGGGGCGUGGCCAGGGGGGCGGGAGGGGGCGUGGCCAGUCUGACCUCUCGGCUGUGCGCGAACGGGGGUCCCACCUCCUUCGCCAGCCUCGUUCUGUCCCUGCCCUCCUCCUCCACUCCCCCCCCUCCCUCCUCCUCGGGGGGUCCCCCCAGGCCAGGCGAGCUCCAGGAGCUGCAGGAGAGGAUCGAGAACAUCCGCGACCAAUUGAGGGCCGCCCUGGCCAGGAGGGCGGAGCUCCAGACUGCCUUGGCCAAGGAGAAGGCCAGUCCCGUCCCCACGGUGACAGGAACGCCGCCCGUCCCCCUCCCCAUGGCCACACCCCUGCCCCUUACCACUCGCUGUGCCACAACCAUGACAGACCCGCCCCUCAAGACUCUGCCUAAACUGCGCACCGCCCCUUCCAGACACACCAGCGAGAAGAGGUGAUGUUCCCCCGUCCUUGGUGAAUGGAGCCAAACAGCUAUUUUGAACGUGGAUCUGCUGGGUUUGUCAUCUCUGGAGCAUGGAAGCUCCUCUCCAUACACAAAGAGCCAGGAUCUGGGCUCUCAGGCUGUAAGCUGUUGUUCCAGAGGAAUCUAUUUGACGAGCCCCUCUCACCUCCCUCUUGGUCCCUGCACGACUGGAACUGUGUGUGAGGAGGGGCGGGACUACCGUGGGAGGGGCUACCGGCCAAUAGGAUGGAAAGGGGAGGCACUAGCAUGCCUCCAUAGCCAAGAUCUGCUGCAGACACUUUUCUUGAACUUUGACCUCCUGCGCUUCAACCUUCUCUUCCCCAUGUUCAUCUGCCGCAGACCAGCUGGCCGCCUCCCAUUUCUGACUGAACCUAAAACGACAAUCUGUGGUUUCUAGGAGUCCAGAGAGACCGGGAGAACAAGGUGAGGGAGUGGUGCUUCAAUGGUGUUUACAUGAUUAGUUUAUUCCCUGAGAUAUGACUUGGUAUUGUUCACUGGCCUUGACAUGUUUUCCAAGAAUAAAGUUGAGGUGUGGGUUAUAACGAAGGGUGAUCUGUGACUUUUUACCAGACAUAUUGGUCAGAAUGCUUCAUAGAAGAAUUUCCAAACGUCCAUGCUCUCAACAAGCAUA